CUUUAGUUCUGUCAGGUCGCUUGUCUUGUGAGGCAGAGAACGCCCCUCUGCCCCCCCCCCCACUCCCCACUCCUCUCAUGCCGCCGCUACGGCUCCGGAGAAGGGGCGACUUGUGACGGACCGAGCGGGCUUCUCCAUGAACAUGGCGCGCAUCGGGGACGCGGACCCCUUCACCGCCGCGAUACCUGCCACCAAAGUUGAGCUGACUGUCUCCUGCAGGAACCUGCUGGAUAGAGACACGUUCUCCAAGUCUGAUCCAAUUUGUGUUCUGUACACUCAAGGGAUCGCCAACAGAGAAUGGCGAGAGUUUGGCAGGACAGAAGUCAUAGACAACACCCUCAAUCCCGACUUUGUCCGCAAAUUCAUUGUGGACUACUUCUUCGAGGAGAGGCAGAAUCUUCGUUUUGACCUGUACGACUUGGACUGCAAGAGUGACAACCUCUCUAAACACGACUUCUUGGGCCAGGCUUUCUGUACGCUGGGUGAAAUAGUCGGCUCCCUGGGAGGUCGCCUGGAAAAACCACUAACUGGAAUUCCAGGAAAGAAAUGUGGCACCGUCAUCAUUAGAGCGGAGGAGCUGAGCAACUGCAGGGAGUCGGUGAUGCUUCAGUUUUGUGGCAACAAGUUGGAUAAGAAGGACUUCUUUGGCAAAUCGGAUCCUUUCCUUGUGUUUUACCGCAGCAACGAAGACGGGUCCUACACCAUCUGCCACAAAACAGAAGUGGUGAAGAAUACCUUGGACCCGGUGUGGCAGGCUUUUAAAAUUCCCGUCAGGGCGCUGUGCAACGGAGACUAUGACAGGAGCAUUAAGGUGGAAGUUUAUGACUGGGACAGAGACGGAGGACAUGACUUCAUCGGUGAAUUCAGCACCAGCUACAGAGAAAUGUGCAGAAGCCAGUCACAGUUCCAUGUCUAUGAGGUGCUGAAUCCCAAAAAGAAAGGGAAGAAGAAGAAGAAGUACCAAAACUCAGGAACGGUGACCCUCCUGUCCUGCCUGGUGGACACUGAGCUGUCCUUCCUGGACUACAUCAGAGGCGGGACACAGAUUAAUUUCACGGUGGCAAUUGAUUUCACGGCAUCAAACGGCAACCCAUCCCAGCCCACCUCGCUCCAUUACAUGAGCCCGUACCAGCUGAAUGACUACGCCAUGGCCCUGCGCGCCAUCGGGGAGAUCAUCCAGGACUACGACAGCGACAAGUUGUUUCCUGCGCUGGGAUUCGGUGCCAAGCUCCCACCAGACGGGCGUGUCUCCCACGAGUUUCCCCUGAACGGUAACCCUCAGAACCCGUACUGCAGCGGUAUUGACGGCGUGAUGGAGGCCUACUAUCAGAGCCUGAAGAGUGUGCGCCUGUACGGACCCACCCACUUCUCCCCUGUUAUCAACCAUGUGGCCAGGUAUGCAUCGGCGGUGACGGACGGAUCGCAGUACUUCAUCCUUCUCAUCAUUUCGGAUGGCGUGAUCACUGACAUGGCGCAGACCAGGGAGUCCAUUGUAAAUGCCGCCUCUCUGCCAAUGUCGAUUAUAAUAGUUGGAGUUGGACCGGCAGAAUUUGAUGAAAUGAUUGAGCUGGACGGGGACGAAGAGAGGAUCUCGUCCCAGGGACGAUAUGCAGAAAGGGACAUCGUUCAGUUUGUUCCUUUCAGAGACUACAUCGACCGGCGAGGAAACCACAUCCUGAGCAUGGCUCGUCUGGCUAAAGAAGUGCUCGCCGAAAUCCCCGACCAGUUUCUCUCCUACAUGAGGACCCGGGGGAUCAAACCAGGCCCCCAGCCGCCACCUUACACCCCGUGUCCGCCCCCGGCCAUCCACCCGCUCCACACCAGACGGCUUGUAAUCAGAGGUUUCAACACACUGAAUAAGUGCAGAAAGGACUGAUAACCAGCCGAUGAAACUCAAACUCCUUAUCCAGUGAGACCUCACGCAGCGCUCCGUGAAAAGGUUUUUGCUUUUAUUUCAAAUUUAAACCUUUAAAUGAUCAAAUAGAUGUUUAAACAUCAGGCAAAGAUAACCCGAGUAAUUAGAAAAUUAUGUUAUUUUCGAAUGAUUCAAUCCUUCAUAAAGGGAAAAAACAUUAUGCUGGCCCAAUGUGAAAAAAUAAUUGCGCCCUAAAACUAAUAAUUGGUUGCUGCAACACCUGCCUUCAAGCGUCUGUAACAACUGGGUGUAUGUCUGCCUCAUUGCUGUGAAGGAAAUUUACACAUAAAACUCUCCUCUUAAAGUAACAAACGGAUGGUCAGGCAACCUCCUUUAGGAUUCCUUGCUAAAGAACAGAGUUCAUAGUUCCAUCAUCGAAGGCCCAGAAGCAGCAAAGUAGGACAAAAUCAUCACACUGCCAUGAUGAGCUUCUGUUUCUGAAAUGCUGUCAGUUUUAAGCUGGCCUCCUUUGUGAGAGUAGGUUUUAAAUAUGUUGUUUUUAAAGUGUGUUUACUCUGGUUAUUUUUGCCUAACGUUAAAAUUUGUCUUACAGGCUGCAACGUUUAGCCCUCACAGGAGUGUUCUACCUAAAACCAACGUGCCAGUGUCAAACUUUCAAAAGGAGCAAAACAAGCUAAAGUGACUCAAAUCAGCGAGCCACAAGAAGUCGGCCGCAACAUUUUCCACAAGAGAUCAGUCUUCGUAAUCAAAGCCAAGUGGUUCAGGUAACUGCACUGUCACUUUUAGACAGGUUUGGCCGUGUCGCUGCGCCCCUUCACAGCUCCACCACCAUUUUAAGUCUUUGCAAAGCACAAACGUUUUCCUCCCAAUCAGUCAUCAAACUCUGCACACAGAGGGUCAUCUUUCUGUAUGUAAAUGUGUGAACUAAAGUUUUUCUGCAUAUUUGUGUACCGCAUACUGUACAGUAGAUUUUAACCUGCGUCUUUAGCGCCCUAUUCAGUCAAGGAAUCUAUAUAACGAAUGUUUACAACAACUUUUUAAACUCACGCCUCAAAGUCACAGUAUACUUCUUGGCUGAUGAUGUUUUCAUUAGAACAUCUGGUUAUUAACUGCUUCUAAAACAUUUUCUGAGAUGUUUAUACACUUGUACAGAGUUCUGCCUUUUUUUUGUGCGUAUUGGUCAAAACUACUGUUUGUGAGAUGCUGCUUCUUUACUGCUCAUAUAACGGAAUUCCAUUUUAUACGGAGGCCUGUAAUCAUAUUUAAAUUAUGACUAACAGGCCUUAUCAAUGUUUCUGCAGACGUUAUUCAUAUUUAAAUCAUGAACGACAGGCCUGUAUUUUUAUAAACAAACAGUUAGAGAACGAUGUAUGUUUUAUGUGUUAGAAAAUCAACUUUAUGAUAAAAAAACACCCUGUAGCAAUGUUAUUUCUGCCAAAUUUAACAUGCUGUUAAGUGUAGCGUCUCAAUCCAUGAAAGAAAAAAAAGAAACAACGGCUUGUUCAGUUUUGGGUUCCUCCCGGUGUGGUCAUGGGGGUUGAGCGUCGUGGUGUUUUGUCCUGGCUGGGACCUAUUGUACAAAAGCGUGAAUGUGGAAUUGCACAAUGUAGCACUGUAGUCUCGGUCCGUGACUGGAGACGAAGCCGGAACAGGCAGGAAGUCUUUUUACAUGUAAAUAUUGUGGAAGCUGGACUCGCAUCAGACUGCCGCUACUCUGUGACGCCCGCUCCGGUUCAAAACAAAAAGGCAAUGCCUUUCAUUUAUUUAUCUUGGCAACAUGCCGUCUUCAUCUCACACCCACUCAAAACAUCCAGGACGUGUAUUUACAUAUGAAACAUGCAUGACACUUACAUAACAUCACGUCUGAGUGAUGGCGGAGAGUUUUGUGAGGGGAAAACUGUUUUUGUUUUGUUUUUUUGGGGGGGGAGGUUUAUUUCAAAUGCUUCAUGCUUUUACAAUAAUCUGGUCUAUGUUCUGUUAUCGCAAUCUUAAGGACAGCUUGUAACAGGUGAAGGUUUAUGGUUUUAAUGCGCGUCAAACAAUCCUGACACGGACCACAUUGUUUUCUUACUGGUUUGAUUUAAAUAAAAUGUCCAAAGAAUAUCUUGAUUUUAACAAAUUUCUGGAAAUUUUUAAAGGAGCCUUUAACAAUACGACCUGCAUUACUUAACUUAGAAAUUCCACUUGAUUCUCAUUUCCCUUAAGUGGUCCACCUGGGGUUUCUCCCAUUGAGUUUGAUUUGUAGGGAGGAAUCCUCCAAAGGUUAGGA